AAGGAACCCAAGACCAUUUUCUCCCUCACGCACCUCACGCCCUUUAACGACUCCACUGAACCAAUCCAUUAUUACGUGCAAUUGACUCAACGCAACAGCUUCAGAGCCCUCCAAAAUGUCUACAGCACUCAAAUCCAUCAAAUCCCUCGCGCCGCUGCUCGACCGCGUCCUGGUUCAGCGUGUCAAGAUGGAGGCCAAGACCGCGGGUGGCAUCUACCUGCCAGAAUCGAGUGUCAAGGAGCUGAACGAGGCCAAAGUCUUGGCGGUCGGUCCCGGCGGAUUGGAUAAGGAUGGCAAGAGGGUUUCGUGUAGUGUAGCGCCAGGUGAUAAGGUUUUGAUUCCUCAGUAUGGUGGAUCACCAGUCAAGGUUGGAGAUGAGGAGUACCACCUUUUCAGAGACCAUGAUAUCCUCGCAAAGAUCAACGAAUAAACGACCAGCUAUACCGAAUCACGAGAAUGAGGGCAAUGUACUAUACAUGUAUCAAAACAAGCAUAGCGAACAAUGAGCAAGGGGAGUGAUGGUGAAAUUGUAUAGAGGGGUGUGAUUUUGGGGAUGGAUGAGAUUUGCCUGUGCCAUCUACCUUGGCCGGCGGUGUUGCUGGACUUUAAAUGAAUCUCCUCUCCAAUUUUUGUUCCUGGUUCUAAUGUAUGCUCCCACGCUGUUUGGAAUUGUAAGGCAAGAUCUUCAAAUAAGCCGGACUUCAGCUGAUAGCAAGUACACUGGUAUUUGAUUCCAUCCCAAAUUGGGAGCGAUUCACUAAUUUUAGUUUUCUUGAUUCAGCGGCUUCUUUUCUUCAUUGUCCAACCUGGAGUGGGGACAAUGAAAACAGCAAAUUUCAAUUCAGUGUGUGGAUUCGAUUCAGA